AUGCUAUACAUUCGCGAAGCUCGAAGACUUGUCCCCGACUACAUCAUCACCCAACAGACUGCGUCUCUCGAGAAUGGUGAGCCUCCUGUCGCUGACCUAAUCGCUGUGGCGUACUGGCCAACAGACACCCACUGUGUUCGACGUAUUCUGCUAGAAGGAAAAGUCCACAACGAGGGAUUCAUCUUCAGAGACGACCAUAAAUGGAGGCCUUUUGGCAUCGCAUACCGGGCGUUGAUACCGAAGGUUAAGGAAGCCGCGAAUGUCAUAACAUCAACGUGCCCAUCGUCUUCACAUGUUGCCUACGUGAUCCAAAUGGUUGUGCCGAGGGGUACAUUCCCGAAAGAUUAG